AUGAAGAAUAAACUUUCUACAUUAUUUUUUAUUACAAUUUUUAUUAUUCUCAUUUUUAUUGAUUCCGCAAAAGGAGAUGAAAGAAAAAAUUUCUGGAAAUCGAGAUUUACUGCAGGUAGAGGCAGUAUAACAAAUAAACCAACUGAAGUAAAUCAUCCAAUUCAUAAAGAAGGUGAUAACUUUUUGAGCAUGAAUAAAGGUGAUAAUGAAGAAUCCCGUGUUAUGCUUUUAAAAGAAUUAUAUCAAAAAGAUAAUGAAUUAAAUAUAGUUCGUAAAAAACAUAAAAAAUAUAAAUCUAUAACUGUCGCUUUAGCAUCAAUAAUUGGUAUGAUGUUAUUACGUAAUCUCGGAUCAUUAUUAUAUGAUACCGUUACCAGAUUAAAUCAAAAAAGUAACCGCGUAUGGAUGCUUUAA